AUGUCUGGGGGCUCAGAGAGUGAUGAAUGUGCAACAGUUAAUGGGAGGGUUUAUAUUCCUGAAGUAAGAAAUGAGGAAACACCAGCAAUUGGGAUGAAGUUCGACUCGCUUGACCUCAUUUACAAUUUCUAUAAUAGAUAUGCAUUCUUGGCUGGCUUUGAUGCAACUUCUAGACGGGCGUAUGGGUUUUAUGGAGAUGUUGUUGUAUUCGAUACCACAUUCAACACGAAUCGAUACGACUUGACAUUUGCACCAAUGUUGGGAGUUAAUAACCAUGGUCAGACAAUUGUCUUAGCAUGCGCAUUUUUGAGCAAGGAAAUGAUUGAAUCGUUUGUUUGGAUGUUUAAGGAGUUUAAGAAAGCCAUGCCAGGUGGCGAAUCUAAAACGAUCAUUACAGAUCAAGAUGCGGCAAUGGCCAUAGCGAUUUCAAUAGCCUUCCCAACUACAUUUCAUCGACUUUGCAUAUGGCACAUCACAUCAAAGUUCUCUGCUAAGUUACCACAUUCUGCUUAUAAGGAGUAUUGGCGUGAAUUUCAGAAAGCCAUAUGGGAUACUGACAAUAAGGAUGAGUUUGAUGCAAAAUGGAAUAUUGUGGUUACAAAGGCUGGUUUGACUGACCAUCCAUGGCUAAGUUCAAUGUUUGAUUUAAGGGAAUCUUGGGUUCCAGCCUACGCACGACAAUUUUUUGCCGCUGGAAUGUCAAGCAGCCAAAGAGCAGAAGGUUCUCAUGGUUUUUUCAAGCAAUACAUAUCAAGGAGAAAUUCGUUGAUGGAUUUCAUAAUACGAUUUGAGAGGGCACUUUCUCAUCAACAUGAAAAAGAGUUAGUUGCUGAUCACGUAGAUGCAUUUGAAGUGGCUCAAUCAUGUUUCCUAGAGCUCAAAACAGAGGAUGCUUCUAAAGUUGUCUUUAACAUGAGCGAAAGGAAAACUUGGGAAACAAGAGUGGCAGAAGUCGUAUAUGUCAAAGAUUCUGACCACGCAUCGUGUAGCUGCAAAAGAUUUGAAUUUGUUAGAAUUAUUUGCAAGCACAUCCUAGCAUUGUUCAGAAGGGACCAGAUUGAAUAUAUGCCCGAUAAAUAUAUUUUGAAGAGGUGGAAGAAAACUGCGAAAUCUGGAUUGGUGUCAGAUACAAAUGGCAACGAAAUUAAAGACUGUACAGAUCCUGGUCUUUUAAUAAAGCGGUGUACAAUGUCUCGACUUGCUUCAGAUGUGGUUGAGGAUGCAUUAAUGAGUGAAGAAGGAUGUGAGCUACUGUCAGAGACUCUAAAAAGUUUGCAGGUGAAGUUGAAGUUGUUGAAGGAUGGACCAAGUAAUAACGAAGUUGGAGGGUCCAGCUCUCAAACACAAUAUAUGAAAGACCCUAAGAGAGUGAGGUGCAAAGGAAGGUCGAAAGGAGUAACGGGAGCAAAGGAAAAGGCAAUGAAGCGAGGGAUUAGACACUGUCGAGAGUGUGGACACAUUGGUCAUGAUAGAAGACAAUGCCCAAGAAAUUUGAACACACCGACAUCACCGUCGAACAAUGACGAAUCAACUCCAAUAUAUCGUAGUGACCCACUAUUCGACGAAUUUGACAGGAUGCACAGACCAACUGAAUGA